GCACUUGAACUUCCACACAGUCUCUCAGUCAGACAAACAGCAAAGCUUUUCUGUAGCUCUAAAUCUUUUUCUAUUUUCUUGUUUUUGUUUUUUGUUGUUUUUCAUUGACACUCUGUUUGACUAUAAAAGGAAAGCAAGCAAAACAUGGCCUCCUGUCUAUCUUUUGGUUGUUUAAAAGAGCCCACUUUGGCAAUCAGCUACAUUCUAGUUUGAGAAACAUGCACAACUUCAAACUUUGCUCUGCUACUGUCUCACAAGGGUUUGGUUCCGUUUUGAUUUAUAAGCGAGUGGUCGUGUAAAAUGUUGGUUCUAAGGAUGAAUUCAAAAAGACAAAGGCGCCCAAAUGUUAGGUUAGGGGAAAUUGGAGAUGUUUCUGCAGCUUUUGCAUGUGGAUUUUCGCAAGGAUCAAAUGAGAAUUUGGGGCAGAAGAGAUGGAAAAAUGAUUUUGUGAACCCAACUGGGAUUGACCCUAAUUCCAUUUUCGAUUUUUCGAACCAAAAAUCUCCUGAGUUCACAUUUAUGGACUUUGGCGUAUCUCAUGGGAUUACAGCUGAUUUCCAACAGAACAUUGAGAAUAAUAACCCGAAUUCUUCAAAAUUAGCUCUUGAACGUGUUUUGGAUAAAACUGAUAUAACAAAGUCUGUGGUGGAUUUUGGCACUGUUACCCGGAAGAGCAGGAUCAUGAGGCGGAGGAGUCAGAACACAAAAGGAAAAAAUAAUGCUUUUGGUGGUGCUUGGAAUUCUAAAAUUAUCGCCGAGUUUAGUAGUGAAGAUGGGAAAGGGGGUGAAGAGGAGUAUGUUGGAUUCACAUCAAAUACCUGUGAUGAUUAUUACCCUGAGAAUGGUAUCAAAGACUUUUCAGAUUGUGAAACACCAGCUACUAGCAAAGAGGACUCUGAAUUUGACAUGAAUGAAACAACUCACAAUGCAUGGCAACCAGGCAAUUCUGUUGACUUUGGGAGAGAGGAUACCUUUUAUAAAGGGAAUGGUGCAUUCAUUAAAAAUGGUGUUGAAUGGAAUGGAAUGAGAUAUGGAAGUAAUAAUGUAUGUACUGUUCGGAGAUGGUUAGAGGAGCUUGGAUUUGGUAAAUAUGCAGGUGUAUUUGAAAUACAUGGGGUGGAUAAAGAAAUCUUGCCAUUUCUUACUCUUGAAGAUCUCAAAGAGAUUGGUGUUUUUGCUGUUGGGCCUAGAAGGAAGUUGUAUAAUGCAAUACAGCAACUUAGAGGAGAAGUUGUUUCUACUUAAUAACUUCCUCAACCUAGGCACUAUGGGUAACUUUUUGUUGUUUGUUCUCACUAGCUCUUUUGUGCAGGAAAAAAGUCACCAUGUAUGUAACUUUUUGAACCCCUAACAUAUUUUCAUCUUUCUUUGUUUGCUAGUUUGGUUAACUAGAUAAGAUUAAUGCUUUAAUGCUUCAUCACUUUCGUUUCUGUAACAUAUUCCUUCUGCGCAUUUUGUCCCUCACCUUCAUCAGCCUGUGUAAGUUAGGUCAUAGCACUACCAACUGGACAAAUAAUUUUUGUUGGAACUUGUUUCUAUGAAACUUGUGUGUGAAGUGUAAGGUAUUGGUGACAUUUAGUUUGUCCUUUCAAAGUGUAUAUGAUUUUAUUACCUUUUCUCAA